CUUUAUUAUUUAAAUUUGAAGCUGGUAGUUUAGGGAGUUACUCCAUUGGCUGAGUGAGGGGUACAUAAUCCAGCUGUCGGGGUGACCGGAAUCCAUUGCUGCUGUGAGAGAAGUCGGCUCCCUGCUUUGGGCGUUAGAUUGUAUUAGUAGUUUGGGGAUUUCAAGAACACCAUGUCGUCCAUUGCAAACACUGCGGCGGAGUACAUGCUCUCGGAUGCUUUGCUACACGACACCGGCCCCCCAAAUAAGAAACGGCUUCGCCUAGAAUUACCCCUGGACCGAAUCAUUAAACUGGUUUCCAUCGGACUCCCCCUUCUACUUGUCUCACUGGCAUUCGCUCGAGAGAUUUCUAACGGUAAGUUCUGUAAUACAGAGGAUUAUUCACUAAACCAGAACAGACAAAACAAUUGCAAAUUUUAGAACAAAGAAGCAGAGGGGAAAUUUUUCAUUAGUUAACUCUAGCUGUCUAUAUUUAUAUCUAUAGUUACAAUUAUAUGUAUAUCGAUAGUUAUAUUUUAUCUAUAUUUCUAUUGAUAGUUACAGUUAGAUCUAUAUUUAUAUACAAAAAUAAGUCCUGCGUCCAAACUCCCAUCACUCCUGGGCAGCAGCAAUGAUCAUAGUACACAUCAGCCCCAAUACAUACAAUAAAAACCAAAGAGAAAAAAAGAGUUACCUGCGCACUAGCACAAAUCCCUAUGUGUAUUUAAAUUAAUGGAGGUUAUUUAACUACUACAAUGGCCAUGAGAGGGAAUGCCCACCUGCCACAUCCAGGCAGACCUCUCAGGUGGGUCCUACACUAACCAUUCACCUUGCUUCCUUGAGCUUCUGGUAAAGAUAUCUCUAAUGAGACAGAAAGGGGUAUUUUUUAUAUACACUCCUACAUGCUUAUUAACCCUUAAUAGGGAACACAUGGGAUGGGCGGCAGCAUUGUAACAUAGCUGUGUGAUACAAAAGUGAAUACAAAUACACAGAUAAAGACACUUUGUACUUACAUCCAGUUUAAGAAAAAAACAUUUUGUAGAUGAAUGGGCAUUACAUCCAGUAAUAAUGAGUAUUAUGUAGAGUAACGGGCAUUACAUCCAGUAAUAAUGAGUAUUAUGUAGAGUAACGGGCAUUACAUCCAGUAAUAAUGAGUAUUAUGUGGAGUAACGGGCAUUGCAUCCAGUAAUAAUGAGUAUUAUGUAGAGUAACGAGCAUUGCAUCCAGUAAUAAUGAGUAUUAUGUGGAGUAGUGGGCAUUGCAUCCAGUAAUAAUGAGUAUUAUGUAGAGUAACAGGCAUUGCAUCCAAUAAUAAUGAGUAUUAUGUAGAGUAACGGGCAUUGCAUCCAGUAAUAAUGAGUAUUAUGUGGAGUAACGGGCAUUGCAUCCAGUAAUAAUGAGUAUUAUGUAGAGUAACGGGCAUUACAUCCAGUAAUAAUGAGUAUUAUGUGGAGUAGUGGGAAUUGCAUCCAGUAAUAAUGAGUAUAAUGUAGAGUAACAGGCAUUGCAUCCAGUAAUAAUAAGUAUUAUGUAGAGUAACGGGCAUUGCAUCGAGUAAUAAUGAGUAUUAUGUAGAGUAACGGGCAUUACACCCAGUAAUAAUGAGUAUUACGUGGAGUAACGGGCAUUGCAUUCAGUAAUAAUGAGUAUUAUGUAGAGUAACGGGCAUUACAUCCAGUAAUAAUGAGUAUUAUGUAGAGUAACAGGCAUUACAUCCAGUAAUAAUGAGUAUUAUGUGGAGUAACAGGCAUUACAUCCAGUAAUAAUGAGUAUUAUGUGGAGUAACGGGCAUUGCAUCCAGUAAUAAUGAGUAUUAUGUAGAGUAACGGGCAUUACAUCCAGUAAUAAUGAUUAUUAUGUAGAGUAAUGGUAAUGGGCAUUGUAUCCAGUAAUAAUGAGUAUUAUGUAGAGUAACGGGCAUUACAUCCAGUAAUAAUGAGUAGUAUGUGGAGUAGUGGGAAUUGCAUCCAGUAAUAAUGAGUAUAAUGUAGAGUAACAGGCAUUGCAUCCAGUAAUAAUAAGUAUUAUGUAGAGUAACAGGCAUUGCAUCGAGUAAUAAUGAGUAUUAUGUAGAGUAACGGGCAUUACAUCCAGUAAUAAUGAGUAUUAUGUGGAGUAACGGGCAUUACAUCCAGUAAUAAUGAGUAUUAUGUAGAGUAACAGGCAUUACAUCCAGUAAUAAUGAGUAUUAUGUGGAGUAACAGGCAUUACAUCCAGUAAUAAUGAGUAUUAUGUGGAGUAACGGGCAUUGCAUCCAGUAAUAAUGAGUAUUAUGUAGAGUAACGGGCAUUACAUCCAGUAAUAAUGAUUAUUAUGUAGAGUAAUGGUAACGGGCAUUACAUCCAGUAAUAAUGAGUAUUAUGUAGAGUAACGGGCAUUGCAUCCAGUCAUAAUAAGUAUUAUGUGGAGUAACGGGCAUUGCAUCCAGUAAGUAUUAUGCAAAGUAACGAGUAUGGUGUUGAGAAAUAAGUAUUAUUUGAGUAACGAGUAUUCUGUAGAGUAAGGAGUAUUAUGUAGAGUAACGAGUAUUCUGUUGAGUAACAAGUAUUAUGUGGAGUAAGGAGUAUUGUGCAGAGUAACGAUUCUCUGUCACCGUUUGGGGACUUGCAUCGUUUGCAAACACCCCAACGAUGACAUCACUGCUGGGAGUCCGGUAGCUGGGUAGCAGAUAAAGGUGAGAUUUAUUUACCUGAACUUAUUCUUCGCCGCACCACCUCUUCUUCUGGCCGGUCCUUUUCCGCUGGGGGAAUUGACGCUUCUAGAUGGCGGUCACUCUGCCCAGUGUCAGGCGUAGGAAAGAGCAGCCCCUACGUUGUCUCACUAUAUCUCUUGACUGGGUUGGAAUUUCAACACAGUCAGUAUGAAGAUUUCACCUUUAUGAAAUACUCUUUUUGCAGGGGGGGGUGAAAGUGCUGCUUUAAAGGGACAAUAUAGUCCCCCACGACCACUUCAUCUCAUUAAAGAGGUCUGGGUGAGUGCCCCUGUCCCCUUAAUCCUGCAAUUCUAGUUAUUGCAGUGUCUGAGAAACUGCAUAAUUACCUUGCAUGGCUAACACCACUUUUAUUGGCUGUCUCCCAGAGCUUCCAGCCCCUUAUCGGACCUUUGGUCCGCCAACUGACGCUGGACGUCCUCACGCUUUGCACGAGCACAUCCAGAGUUAGCUAAAAUCUCAUUGGAAAGCAUAAAUUCAUCUUUACUGUCCUAACGUGAUCACAGUGUUCGUCGCACAUGCGCCUUAGGUCCUCCGCCAGCUGACAUCUGUGGGGGUGCGGAUGUGGAGCCUGAUCAGCGUUGAGGGAUAUCGGCAUUGGAAUCAAGGAAGUGACAAAAGUGUUUUUAACCCUAUCAGCCGACGGUACUCUAGUGAUAGAAAUACAACUUUGUAUAAAUAGCACUACAGUAUCCCUUUAAGUGUGAUCUGACCCUAUGAUUCCAGUGUAGAUACAAUUCAUCUGAUGGAAUUAGGCACAUUCCCAGUCUAACGAGCUAGGCACCUGGGUUAUUAAAGGGAUUCUAUAGUGCCAGGAAAACAAAACAGUUUUCCUGGCACUAUAGGCUCCUGCCGUGCCCCCUUCCCGCGGCAUUGUAGAGGUUAAACCCCUUCAGUCACUUACCUGAAUCCAGCGCCUAUGUCCCUCACUGCUGGUUCAGUCUCCGCCCACGUCCCUCCCCAGCCGAUGUCAGCCGGCGGGGGAGACCUAAUGCGCAUGCGCGGCUCGAUUUAGGAUUUCCCCAUUAUUCAAUGCUUUCUUAUGGUGAACAAAAUCUGAUGGUGGAGGUCCUCAUGCACUUAACCACUGCAGGGUUAAGGGAAAUGGGACAUUGCGCCUAGACCACUUCAAUGAGCUGAAGUGUUCUGGGUGCCUACACUGUCCCUUUAACUAUAAAUAGAUCUGCAGAGAAUUUAAAGUAAAAAAGGCAACAGUAGCUGAACUGCUAAAACUGUCCAAAUCAUCUAUGCUUCGAGUUCCACUAAUUUGUUCUAAAUAUACAGCUGAGCUGGUAUCACCCAAUGAGUUGAAUAGACUCACUGACAUCUAACAAUUGUUAAACUGAUGGGCAGAAAUUUAAAAGGUGUUGAUUGGCCAAGACACUUCCUGGUUUGGAGAGAGUUCACUACAAAACCUGGAAACCAAACGCACGCACAAAUGUUUAAAGAUUUGAAGUUCUAUUAUUUUGUUUGUGUUUAGUCCAUUGUGUAUAGAAAGCAUUUAAAAUAUAUGGCUAAGUAGUUUGGUUAUCUGUACUAUGUUUGAUAAAUUUACCUUUAUUUAUUUUUUUAUUGCUCUGAUGUUGUUUUCCUUGUAACACUGUUACUGGAAUUACCCUCAAUAUAUAAUGUGCCGAUAACGUCCCUUUAAUGGCUGGCUGAGCGAUUCCUCGUUUAUUCCGCCACUGCCACGUUCCGUUUAAUGCGAUCUGCACGGGGCUGGCAGUAACAUUGUUUUGUUUUUUAGGGUCCCAGGUUAUCUGUUUUCCUCCCAGUAACUUUUCAGAGAAGCACGUUCAGUAUGUGGACAAACACUGCUGGCAUUCACUGCGACAUCACGAUUUCACCGCUGGACGAAAUCCAGAAGUGCGAUCACUUUGGGUUCAUAAGGUAACUCUAUAAAACGCUCUUUGCACACCUGCUUUCUUAACGCGAUUAAUAAGCCAGACCCCGAGAACUCUAUUUUUAAAUGAUUUCUCUUACACAAUAAUUGGCAUCAAUUGCAUCUUUAUGUUUUUAUAGCAGAAUUCUCCCUGUAAUUUGAGGUCACGUUAAAAUGAUACAGUUAGAAGGAAAUUAUAUGUUUCAUUGCUGUUUGAGUAAAAAGAACUUGUAUAAUAACUGUGGCAUGUUGUAAAAUACAGGGGUUUACUCACUAAACAGCGAAUUGUAAGUCGAUAUUAAAGGGUAGGUCAUGGCAGUUUGGUGUAAAACAUUCAGAGUUUACGAUCAGUCAAACACAAUGAACAAUUCUGUAGCAAAUAUGUCCCUCGCUUCCAUUAUUUUAUUAUAGAUCACUUUGUUUACAUUCUAAAAGUACACACUGAACACAUGAAGCAGAGUCUGUUAUGGACCUGUGGUUGGGCUUCUGUUGGCUCAAUUUUUCCCUAAAAUGUUCGAUACAAACCAGAGUGGUAGCACAAGAUUUCUUUGUAUCUUGACCUCUUAGUGGUUAUGGUGCUUGGAGUGUCAGAGCGCAAUACCAUUUACAGCCUGCACAUGAGUGGUGGCGCUCCACAGUACUGUUGCCUCUGGACUAGCUUUAGUUUGGGAUUAAAGGGAUUCUCUAGUGCCAGGAAAGCACUGUAGAAUCCUGCAGUGUCCCCCUCCUUCCGCCCCCCCCACCCCACGUCGCUGAAAACCCCUUCAGUCACUUACCUGAAUCCAGUGUCAGGCUCCGCACACACUCCUUCCCACCCACCUCAGCCGACAGGGGAGACCUAAUGCCCAUGCAUGGCGGCUCACAUUAGGGUUCCCCUAGAGGAAAGCAUUAUUCAAUGCUUUCUUUUGGGGAUUCCGGUGACGCUGAAGGUCCUCACGCAGAGCAUGAGGACGUCCAGUGUCGUUUAGAUGACUAAAAGUCGUCUAAGCACCCGUACGUCCCUCUAGUAGCUGUCUACAAAACAGGACUUAACCUUCUCAGAAACUGCAAUAAUUACCACUGUAGGGUUGUGACCUGGGACAUUGCACCCAGACCACUUCAAAGAGCUGGGUCUGGGUGCCUACAGACUGUCCCUUUAAAUAUUGAUUGGUAUCAGUUUAACCCCUUAAGGACACAUGACGUGUGUGACAUGUCAUGAUUCCCUUUUAUUUCAGAAGUUUGGUCCUUAAGGGGUUAAAGAUCUUCAUGGUGUAGUCAUUGGAUAGAAGAUAAUUGACUCCCGUUUACCCAGCCAGACGUAUACAACUGAUGGGAUUAAAUUCAUAUGAAAACCGCACUGCACACUGUAUGAGUUUUAUAUUUAUAUUAUAAUAAUUCAGACAAAUUAGAAAUGAGAACAGUUUUUUGUUUCACUGCCAGUUUGCUUUGCUUCCAGGUGUACCCCUAUAUACUGCUGCUGGUUUCGGUCGCCAUGUACGUACCCGUCGCACUUUGGAAGUAUGUUUCGAGGUCUUUGUUGUACUCAGAUCUGUCUUUUAUUGUGGAUGAACUUGACAAAUCCUACAAUCGCUCCAUCAAGCUGGUCCAGCACUUAGUAAAAACCCACAGAACGUGCACAGACUCGCUUCUCUUCUGGGAGGAGCUUAAAAGGUACAAAAUGUCUGGCCGUAAAGAAGCGCAAAUACAGGAAAAUGGUAGAAUUAUUAUAAUGUAACGGUUGCUUGAGAGUCCUCUCUGAACACGUACGUGUAUAUUCAUGCAUGACGUAGCACAAUAUGGCUUCCUGAAAACAAUAUGGCUGCCUGACAUAAAACAAUAUGGCUGCAUUACGUGGCACAAUAUGGCUGCCUGGUGUAGCCAUAUAUACAGUUUUAAUAUAAUUAAUGUAAUCAUGGGUGUUUGGUUUCUCUAAACUGUUUAAGUGCUUUGAACUGAUUUAUUUUUAUAAAAUGACUUAAAAUCUGGUGAAAACUAAUGGAAACAUUUCACCAUUUAUGAAAUAAUAAUUUUCCCCAGUUUGGAAAUAUUCAUUGUUUAUAACCAGCGCACAUAACAUGGUUUGACAGAAUUCUAUUGCAUAUAGUUUGUGGGUGACAAUCUUCUAAUUAAUGUUCCGUUAUUGUCUUCCAGCGCUCGUCAUGUUCGAUAUUUUGAAUUCCCGCUGUUGGAGAGAUAUCUGACAUGCAAACAGAAAUCCCAUCAACUGGUGUUUGCGUAUCUCCUGCGUAACAUCCUCCUCCUUGUCAUCAUUCUCUUUACUUGCGCCUACCUGGCCAUCUUUCAUCUCACCGUUUUUUAUCAAGAUGAAUUCAACUGUCACAUCAAAGAAGGCUUUCUGAGAAGAGAGACCUCCAGCUCUGAAUUUGUAAACUGUAAAUUUGUAUCUUUGUCAAUAUUUCAAAUAGUCAGUGUCGCCAACGCUGUGGUGUACAUCUUACUAGUGCCGAUUAUAAUAUAUAACAUGAGUAAACUCUGCUACUGGGAUAAACAGCUUCUAAAUGUAUACGAGAUGCUCCCCGCGUUUGACCUCCUUAGCAAGAAGAUGCUGGGGUGCCCCAUUAAUGAUUUGAACAUCAUUAUUGUCUUCCUUCGGGCCAAUAUUUCUGAACUCAAGUCCUUUAGCCGGCUAAGCGUUUUGUGUACGCUAAAAAACACAACAAAAAACAAUCAGAACAUCGAUACGGUGGUGGACUUCAUGACAUUACUGGUUGGCAUGGACAUCGAAAACGCCACCACGCAGAACAACCAAUUAUGUGAUGCCAACUCUGAUAUCAACCAAUCACAGACCUCAAAAAAGGAAUGCUAUGGUAAGAUUGGGUAUCUAACCCCUCGUUUAACAUUUAUCUGAUACCUCGGAUAAUCCGCUGAAAGUAAACCUAGGAUAAGCCAGAGAUUCUGGAUAGAUUGCUGUACAGGUGUAAUGAAAUUAUAACAAUGUAAUUUAUAUAAUUAGGGUUCCAUUUCCUCCCUGGAACUCUACAGUCACCUAAACAACUUUAGUUUAAUGAAGCCGUUUUAGUGUCUAGUUCAGUGAUGGCGAAGCUUUUUGAGCCCGAGUGCCCAGACCGCAAUACAUGCCAAUUUUUUGUUUAUCCUCAAAGUCCUCAAAGUGCCAACACAGCAAUUAAACCUGAAUACUGAGGUUUAAGUUUAGAAAAAACAACUCGUACAUUUGUCCGAACUAAUUAACAUUUUUUGUUUUAACAAAACAGAGUUUAAUGAUACAAAUUAUAAAUAAUGAUAUAAAUUAUAGAUAAAAUUAAACUUAUCUUUAUGAGUAUCUCCAACAAAUGCAAUACAUACAAUCAAACUGCUGAAUACGGUCACAGACUGCUGAACACAUUCACACCAACUGCUGAAUACAUACACUCGGACACAGACUUUUAAAUACACAGACUGCUGAAUACAUACACUCGGACACAUAGACUUUUAAAUACACAGACUGCUGAAUACAUACACACGGACACACAGACCUCUAAAUACAAACAGACUGCUGAAUACAUACCCACACACACACACAGUCUGCUGAAUACAUACAGACUGCUUAAUAAACACACACACAUUAAGGGGUGCAGUGUAUGUUUACGGGUGCACAGUGUGGGUGGGGGGAGGAGCGCUGUGUGUGUCAUGGGUGCCUUCCCUUAUUCUUACCUUUGGUGAAGGAGGAAGGGACACAGCCAGCCCUGGUGGUAAGUAUGUGACUGGCUGCAGCUCUCCUGUCCUCCCACACAAUGCUUUGUGGAGCGUUGCCAUGGGAACGCUCGGCAAUGCUCCACACAGCCUGCUCGCGGGAGGACCGGAGAGCUGCUUACCAAAUCCCUCCCCCUGCUUCCAGGUCCUCCCGAUACGAAAGCAGAGUAUGCGCAGUUUUGGGCAGUCAGGUGCCUACUCUACAUUGCUGCUGACCGGAGCUCCCCCACCCCCUGGCAACCUAUGGCCACAUGCCUUCAGAGUGGGCUCCAGUUGCACUCCUCAAUUCAUUGCCAUUUAGGAGUUAAAUCACUUUGUUUUUGUUUAUGCAGCCCUUGCCACACCUCCCCUGGCUCUGAUUGGAAAAAAAACAAAAACUGGUUGCACUUUCAAUCAGAUGUAAUUUACCUUAAACAAUUGUAUCUCUUUCUCUGUAAAUUUAACUUUAAUCACAUACAGGAGACUCUUGCAGGUUCUAGCAAGCUUUUAACAUGGCAGGGGAUAAGAAAAUCUAAAUUAAAUAGAACUUGCAAUAAAGGAAGGAUAAACAUUAGAUGACUCUUUACAGGAAGUGUUUAUGAAGGCUGUGCAAGUCACACGCAGGGAGGUGUGACUAGGGUUAAUAAAGUGAUUUAACUCCUAAAUGGCAGAUAAUUGAGCAUUGAGACUGCAGGGGCAUGAUCUAUACAUUAAAAUGGUUUCAUUAAGCUUAAGUUGUUUUGAUGACUAAAGUGUCCCUUUAAUAUGUUAUAAUGAUCAGUGUGAAAAGAAAGUCUUUGCUCCUUCAGUCUAAAAUUUUGAAAAAUCUGCUCCAAUUAGGUUUCAUUUAUUUAAAAAAAAUUUCACUCUUUUUUUUUUUAGAAAUGGGUAAACUGCAAGAAAAGAAAUAGAAAAUUUAAAGAAACCUUUUACUCUAUCGGAGAAAGAACGUCCUUCCAAGAGAAUUCCUGGACAAGAUCAGUAUCUUCCACUUACACCCUUUUAAAUGGCUACACACAAUUAAAUGAUAUUGUUCUUCAAUCCUAUUAACAGGUGCCCUUAUGUAUGAUGAGAUAUUUAUUAAAACAUAUCACGGUAUAGAACAGACUUACUGGUGUUUGAAAACGUUACUGAACUGUGACAGCGAAUGGACAGACGACUUGAAAAUUCAGACCAAAAUCAAACAGAUGAAAAGAUGUUAAUGCACAGAGAAUGAAGGCCAAAAAUAUAUACAUAAUAAUGUAAAAUAAAGCACAGUCUUCAAUAGAUUACAGAGUAUUCUGAAUAAGAGUUUUAUUAUAAUCAAAUUGGUGAAAUUAUCAAUCUGGCUCAGAUUUCAACAAAAUGGACAGGUCAGGAAAAACAAAAUAAGGGCCUAAACUCUAUGUGACAUCCUUGGCUUUACCUACAAUGGAUUACUCAGUGGCAUGGUAGAGACUGAUUGAACCCCCAAUUAAUUAUUUUGCAGAGUGGUAGAGACUGACAGAACCGCCAGUGAAUUACUCUGCAGAGUGGUAGAGACUGACAGAACCCCCAGUGAAUUACUCUGCAGUGUGGCAGAGACUGAAUGAACCCCCAGUAAAUUACUCGGCAGUGUGGUAGAGACCGACUGACCCCCAAAUGAAUAACUCUGCAGAAUGGUAGAGACUGACCGGCUGUAGAGAUCUCAACUUUGCUGGUCUGAUAAAUAAAUCACUUCCCAUCCACUACAUUGCGAAUACACUAGGAUGUAUAAAGGUCUUUAUGGAGCUGCAGGGGACUCUAAUUCAAUAAAUGCUGAAUUAAUAAACAUGCUGCACCGUAAAUUAAUAAUAAACCCUUCAGAUUAGGAUGCAAAUUCCUAGAGCUUUUAAAAAGGAUUAAGUCUUAGUCUGUUUCUUAGGGAGCCGUUAGUUUCCAAUGUUUUUGGGACCAGCAGUGGCUCAUUGCAGAGAAAUGGAGUUCUGGGUUUUUACAUCUGACAUCAACACAAUCAGCAGUGUAUCUCUUAAUAAUGGUCAGUGUGUAUCAGGAAUCUGGGAGAACAGCACUGAGGGGAUACAGCGGUAAGCAGAGGAGAUAGCAAGAGGAGGAUGGAGUAGUGAAAGGGGGUAUAGCAGUGAGAAGGGGUAUAGCAGAGGGGUAUAGCCAUAAUCAGAGGGUAGAGCAGUGAGAGGAGAAAGGAAAAAAAAGUAAAUCUGGAUUUUAAUUGAACAUGGGAUAUUGCGCAAAAACAAAUAAAAAAAUAAUAUGUUCAAUAAAAAACAAAGCAACAAACAGUACUGAUAAAUACAGACAGCAUCAAUUAAUGCCAUUGAAUAAAUAAUGUGAUUUCUAAAGCAUUUACUCUGAAGACCGAGAAGAGCUGUACUGAUUGGAUGGGGAUUUCAUGCGCUGCAGGUCAGACGCCAGUUGUGAAUGCGAGAAGAAGAUUUCCCGGUAAGAGGAUAUAUAGUCAUGUGAUGAGGGAAUUUCUGGAAGAUCUAAUGUUCUUGCUUGAAAUGUAAUAAAAAACAGAAAUAUUUUAUCUCAA